UAUGAGUCCAAUAUUCUCAGGAGUCUCAACUCCAAUGAUCCAAACACAUUAACGGGGAUUCCUUAGGGGCAUGUGAUUAUAAAUUCUGGCUGUUAAAGUGAAUAGUCUACUACAUUUUAUUUGCAUAGAGUAUGGUGUUUUGGCUGAGUGGGACCAGAAAUGCUUGAUGGCUUCCUCCAGGGAGCUGAUCGUUGUAGACUCCCACAUUUUGCACAAAAAUUGCUGAACUAUUUACUCCAUGCAUUUUCUAGCAUAAUGUAGGUUCUUCUCUUUAGAUUAUGGUAAUUUCAAGAAUGAAUCUAAGAUAAUAUUGAUCAUUUCUAUUCUUUCAAUAAUUUCUCUAUUUGUGCUAUCCUUGGUUUAUUUUAUUUCUUUCUUUUUCUUCUUGUGUUGCAUGUGUACGUGUGAUUGAUCCUAGAUUUUAUUGAUGUCAAACCCAAGCCAACUGAAAGGGAUUGAUAAUUAUAAUCUUGUAUUCUUCGUCUUUGGUUUCUCCAUUUGUAAAUAAAAUAAAAAUUUUGUUUACAUACUUUUGUUGUCAAUUUUAAGAUAAUAUGCCAGCUACAUUGACCGACUCUGACACGUCUCUCUUUUAAUGGGGGUGGAUCAACUUCUCUACAGUCCUUUGCCGGCUUCUUUUAAUCGUAUUCUACAGUUUGGUGAUGCUAGUGGCAUACAGUCACCAGUUUCAUUUGGUGGUUUCGGGAGCUUGACUCGGCACCUUGGCAGACUCUCAACUGGGAUAUAUGAAGCAAUUAAUAACAAUUUUCUAGACUCGGACAGCUUGUCCCUGCUGAAUCCAUAUUUGCCCAACUUAAGUGCAUCUUGGUUGUUUCAACGAGCAAUGUCAGCAAGGAAACAGGCUAAUGUUCCAUCAGAUUUCAUUAAUGAGCUUCUUUUUGUUAAUUUCCAGUGUAUGCAGACGCAAGGGGACCCGGUAUUAAGACCAUUUCUUCAGGAUGUAAUACAAUUUCAGCCUCUUGUAAAGACGUUGGGUUUGGUUAUGCUAACCAAGCCUCAAAUCAUUCUGUCAAUAUUCAAACAGGUGGGAAUUUCUGUGCUUUUGGAUUGGUCUGGACAUUUUGUCAUGCUGGGUUACUACACGUUUCUCUCGACAUUCAUUGACCCUGUCAUAAGGUCAUGGCUAAAAGCAUUUCCAGAGAAGAUGAGGUACAAAUGGAAGAGACGUCUUGAUGCUUGGAAGUAUGGAUCUGGUUUAGAUUACAAACUAUAAUGUUAACAAUGUUGUGCGGAGUGAGAAGAGGAUUUGUCCCCGAAUUUUUAUUCAAGAUGCAAUCUAGGAGAAGGGUUAAGGAUUGGUCUUUUGUGUUU